GUCGGGCCAAAGCUCAGGCAGAAAAACUGCGAGGAGGAGACGAACUAGAGGAACUCGUGAACGCAGUGCUGCAUUUUCUGCAAGACAGCAUGGAUGUGUACUCGGAGAGGAGCAGCGAGGCCACGUUCAUGCGGCUGCUGGAGGCGCUACCCGAAGACGUGCCCGAGUGGGAGCAUGACGUGUACGCCUCUGCAGCGUACUCGCAAUCAGUAGUCGAAAGAACGCUGGAAGGCUAUCAGCCUGGAAAAUGCCCCAGCCUCAGUGAGGAGUUUUUGCGAAACAAAGGUAGUUCGUCAAUGCGGUGAUGCGGACCCCUCCUCGUGCUACAGCAUGUUUUUAUUAGUACGUGUUGAAUUUUAAUUUUUGAGCGGGCGCUGCCAGUCUGUAUGACUAUGAAUGUGUAUGCGGGAUGGCGAGAACAAUCUGUGUUGCGUAGCUGCGCAGAUUCUCACCAGGAUUUUCCAUGUAAUGGCUGCUCGUUUUUGUGUAGCAGAAAAAAGACUCGCCGCCCUGUCGUGAAAAUAAUAUGCAAGCAAACUUGAAAAUGAAAUUAAUCACGCCAUGGUUGUGUAUGCAAAUACUUCGCAUGUUGAACUAGAAUUCUGCCUCUGGGGCAGCACUUUCAAAUCUGAUGAAGCCUGGGAACAGCCGGCGUCAUCAUCUUCGGGUUCUUCCAUGCUCUGCAUUGCAAAUAUGUCUGGGUCUGGAAGGAUGCAGCGUGUCAUGCGAGGUUCCAAUCACAAAAAGAUGAAGAUCGAUGCUUGUCUGUUGCAUGAACCGCAGAAGCUGCACACUUGUUACUAGGCAAAAGGCGGACUAUUUCUCAUGCGGGAUAGGCAUCAAGAAGGUCUCAUGAACUUAAAAUUAUCUGCGAUGCUUCUGCAUUCCAGACCAUGCGCGUGAUAGUACGCGAAUUGCAUGACAAACCUCGCAUUUUCCCAGAUCCAGACCCAGACAUGUUUAUUUGCAGUGGAUAUUACAGGCGGAAACGGAAUUCUAAGAAAAGUAGCGCCGCCAGCUCCUCUUCCAGUUCCUUUUUGUCCAGUAGUUCUUUUCUCGAACAGUUUCAAUUUCUGCAGAAAAUCUUCCAGCGCGAAACGAAAACCGGGCACGCCGUUUCGAAUCGGGAAGCCGCCACGGAGCGAGAAGAGGAGCACCAAGAGCAAGGACAAGAAACUCGCACUGUCGCAGCGGCGCUGCGGGGCACCGCCGCAGCACGGGCACGUGGUGCCAAAGGGGUGCCGUCUGCGAGGAACGGAGCUGAAAGGAACAAAAAGGGAACAGAAAGGAAAAGCAGGAAGGAGAACAGUAAGCGCACGGGGAAAAAGACAGAAAACCACAGAAAGGGAGCAAAAAGCAGUAACAAGGGGACAAAAAGCAGUAGCAAGGGGACAAAAAGCAUUAACAAGGGGACAAAAAGCAGCAAACGGACAACAAAAAAGACGACGCAGGGGGACCGCCCCAAGACAACCGGUCAGAAGGGCAGCGGCAGACGGAAGGGGAAGCGACUAGAGCUCUAUUCGUCCAUAUGCAAGGGAGGUGGGUGGACUCACAGAAUGCCAAUAGGCGUAAGGGCACAUUACUCAGUAUGUUGCGCAGCAGUUGCUCUGUGCUCUGGAAGCAUCGUGUAUAGUAUGCAAAAUACAAGUGCUUGCUUUUCGUGUAUAGUAUGCAAAAUACAAGGUCCGGAGUGAUUUUUGGAGCAGCUCCAAAAACCACUUCGGACCGCACGGAGUUGCUUUCUUUCGUUUUUUGGUCUGAUUUUUGCAUGACAUGACAGGACCGCGCGUCUCCUGAUAAGGUGACAUCUUUUCGAGUGUUGUCGAGCGCUCCGAGAGUCACUUGCUUGCCCUAGUGCAUACUCCGCCUUUUACAACCUGAACCCGCCACAGAAGCUUCCCGCCAUUAUUCUGUGCAAAGACUUGGUCGCCCCCGCUCCUGACGAGUUUUUACGCAAGCCCGCAUGCCGAAGUGAUGAAGCCCACAAUGUCAUUGUGUUUCAUGUGGGUUUCCAUGAGAGCUGUCUGUUAUAUGUAGUGAGGUCACGAACGUUCUAUCCUAGCUGUUUUUUUGACAGGCAGUGCGCAAAACGACCGGCAGUUUUCAAGCGGCCGAAAGUGUUUUUGCACAUAAAAAAUUUCCAGUUAUCAAGCGGCCGGGGCUUUGUUGUCAAACAAGCCCGAGCCAAUUGCAUCGAUUCCCGCUUGAUAAAACGACGCAGGGGCCGCGCCGGCAAAAGGGGCACCCUUCUGAGACGUUUACCGCCUUGGUUUCUGGCGGUUUCGGGCGCCCAAAAAGGGGCGCCCACAAAGCAGCACUCCGAAAAAGACAGCAAAUCCGCAUGGUAUGGGCCUCAUUUUGGCCCACAUUCGGGCCCCGCAAAAGACGCCACCAAGAUCUGCCAUUUCAGAGGCGGACUGAAGGCCAGAAGAUGCGACUUUUCAACAAAAAAAAACACAAAAAACCAAAGUCCGCCAAAAGGAAAAAGCCAAUCCGCAUGCUAUGGGCCCGAUUUGGGGCUCCCAAGGGGCCGACCCUUGCGGGGGCCCCUGCGGGGCCAUAGCAUGCGGGGAAGGUUUUUCGAUUCGAAAUCAAAUGGAGGCCAGUUCUGGACGGACAUUUUUAGCGACCGCCGUGCCGUCGUGCAUAACAUCACUCACGAUGACAUCGAUCGUGGGAAAUGAGUUACAGCUUGGACAGACGUUAGAAAAGAGGCUGGUGAUUUUAGUGUGAUUUUAUGCAGAGAGGGCGCGUUAGGUCUUUGAUUUUCCGAGCUCGUCGAUGUGUGCCUGCGCCAGGCGUGUGGUGAGUAUUUGCCUGAGCAGGCUAAGGAAUUGCGGCGGGCAUUGCAUGGCGUCGGCGAUGUUUUUCGGGUGGACUUCGAUAAAAAACACGUCGCAAAAAUAACGCGAGCAACACCAAAAUAGCAUGCUCCCAACACCACUGCGCUUUUCUCCUUUCGCUUAUGAAUUUGCUUCGUCGUUUUUGUGCGUGGAUGUUGCAAAAGGCCAGCCAAAAAAAAACACCGAGCGCCAUCGUGAAUGAUUUUAAACCGCACGCUACGGCGUCAUCUUAAAAAAACAGCUUUUUUGCGGCUCAAAAAAGUUGGCAAAAAGUUGCUGGCGACUUUACAACAAAAAAAGAUGCUUUGGCUCUCCAUUUUGGAGCCAAAAUAUCGGCCAUAGCAUGCAGGUUGCCGGCGCGCAACGCGUAAAGUCGCCGUAAAGUCACCCUAAAGUCACCGCUAAAGUCACCAACAUCCGGACGGCAAAAAUUCCAAACCCAAUCCGCAUGGAAAAUUGCCGACUUGGCCAGGUAGAAUUCGCGUCGAAAAAGUGCCAAUCCCGGUGGUAGUAGGGACAUCGGCAAGACUUAGCGGCGUCAGUUUUGGUCUCGUGUGUCGAAAAAAGCAGCGCAAAAAUUGGGAGCGCUCGCCGCAUUGGAAAUUGCGCAUUUUGCCUUCUGAAUUUUUAAAAAUUAUGCCUGGAAUGCCGAUGGUAUGGCGCUUGUUUUUUGGCCCUCCUUUGUCUCCUCUUGUUGGUAUCUUCUCCUUUGCUCUCAGGGACAAAAGUAGAGAAAUCUUCUGAAGGCAAUGAGGCGUCUUUUUUUCGGCGCCGUGCUUGAGAAUAAAGCCCUAAAAUCACUAUAAAAUCACCCAUCAAAAUUCUAACGGGUGUCCAAGCUCUAAGAAAUGAAGUCGUGUCUUUUUUUGGCGUGAAGACAAAAAAAGAAAAACCGCCAUGACCUCACUACCCCCGCGGGCGCGGCUAUUAUUGGUAGUGUAUUCGCGUUCGUUGACUUGGGGAGUUGGUCAUGCUCGAAUCAGGAUAAUGAUCAAGCCAAUGUGCUCAACAUUGAAUUUGAUGCAUCCUUGCUCGCUAAGUAAUCCUGAGAAACACGUCAGUUAAAUAAGCUGCACAUCCGAAAAACUCGCCAUGCGUAAAGUCAAAACGCUCUUGUUGACUUGCGUAGCAGCUGCGGGGCGGGUAACAAAGACGCUUUUGCGCCGGAUAGCUUCCGUGCUCUCCCUCUCGCCCGAAGAAUGGGAUGCCGACGCGCGUAACUCGCUGUACAGAUCCGAUCUGGACCAGAAAGUGGAUCAAGACGACAGCGGAUAUUUCGUAAACCAGGAAGAUCGGGAGGAGUAUAAGUGGUUCACGAGACGAAAGUGCAGCCUGUACCAAGGCCUGGACCUGGAAACGUUUCGCGGCUGCUACCCCGCGUUUGAGCGCCCGAUACUGAAUCUGGUUGAUGACCGCAUUGACGUGCGCAAUUGGCACAGUAAAGGCACCAAAGAAGACGCCAUGAAGGCGCCCUCCGACCUGGCGCAAGUUGGGGUGAAAGGCGUGCUAUCCACGCGGACGGUGCUCAAGAGCGACUACAAGGAAGACGGCAAGACGAUUUUCAAGGCGGGCGAAACGUACACCGUGUACUUGGGCGCGAAACUGGCGGAAGAGAGGCGCGAGAUCUUGGAGGAGAAGAACAAGAAAGACACAAACACCGCGAGGGACUCCGCUUUUAGGAAGGAAACGGACGAGCAAAGGGCGGCUAGGGUGAGACUGGAGGAAGAGGUAAGUGAGGAGCGCGACAGAAAAGA